CUUUUUUUUUUCUUUUUUUCUUUCUUUCUCUUUCAUUAUAUUAUUCAUUAUCCUUUAACUUCCUCCCCCUACUCUUAUUAUAUUUAAUCAUGUCUAAAGUCUUUUCUAUGGCCGAUGUUAAUGCUCAUCAAAGCAAAGGUGACCUCUAUGUUGUGAUUCAUAACAAGGUUUAUGAUAUUACCGAAUUUGUGGUUGAACAUCCUGGUGGUGAAGAAGUUUUACUUGAUGAAGCUGGUAAGGAUGCUACCGAAUCUUUUGAAGAUAUUGGCCACUCUGAUGAAGCUCGUGAAAUCUUGGAAAAGUACCUUAUUGGUGAAUUGGAUGAAGCUUCUCGUGUCGAUAAUCACAAGUUUGAUCCUAUUCGAGCUGGAGAACUUCCUGAACAAAAGCAAUCUGGAUCUGCUCUUCGUGUUCUUCUUCCUGCUGUUGUUGUUGCUGGUGUCCUUGUUUACAAGUUUGUUCUUUCCAAGAACUAAGAUAGCAUACAAUCCUUUCUUUUUAUAUUUUAUUUAGAUAUAUCUUUACUUUGCUUCGCUUUUUUUUUUUUUCUGUAAUAAACUACUAUACUUCUACUUCCCUUUA